AUGGUGGCGGUAAGGUAUUCAUCAUCAUUUAUAGAUGCACUGUAUACCAGCACCACCCCCAACCAAAAAUCCAACACUACCACUACCACUACCACCCCAUCCCCCUCCGAAACCACAACCAUAAUAACCGUCAUCAACGGCUUCCUCACCGCGCUCCGCACCAAAAGCGCCUCGGCAUUCGAGAAAUACUGCAUCCGGGCCGGGGGCAUGUCGCUCUGGCCGCCGUCAUCCACGCUGCCCCGGUUCUGCACGAUCGGCACCUUCGUGGAGCAGAUCACCCGGGUCCAGGCGGACCUGGACGAAUGUAUCUGGGAUGCGGAGGUGAAGGUGUACGAGCCGGGCAAUCUGGCGGCGGUGUGGGCGCCGUUCCGCGCGAAUAUCGAUGGCGUGGUGCAUCAUGUCGGGGUGGAGUUGUUUAUCUUGCAUAAGAUGGAGGGGACGUGGAAGGUGACGGGGUUGGCGGAUUCGUGCCGGUUGCCGACGGAGGAGGAGAGCGUUUUGCUUUUGUAGUUUUUUUUUUUUUUUUUUUUGUUUCUUUUUGUUUUU